UAAAUAGAUCCCCCAUUUCUUAAUUGUCUUGAUGAAAAGUUUCAUCUCUUUUAUGGCCAACUUUAGAAUUAAAAACUGAAAUCACACGUUACACACACGCAUCAACCAACCACAUCAGACAAAAUAUAAUCACAGUCUCAAUCUUUGAGUGCUUUUAAUUCAAGAAGAAGAAGAAGACAAAUUCUUACUAUUUUAGAUUCUUCUUGGUUUGGAGUUGUUGAAGAGACGUGCCUAACUCACCAUCUUCUUCCAUUUCUUUAUUUAAUUAUGCUUUAAAACUGUUCAAUUCAAGAUUAUCUUUGAAAAGAUUAGGACUUUGAAAAGAUUAGGACUUUUUAUUAAGUGGGUCAAGGAGAUUUUGGUUUAUUUGUGAGUUUUUGGGAGAAAUUUUUGUGUUUUGAAUCAAAAAAGUGAGAUGGGUUCCUUUGGAAAGCUUGCUAAGAGGGCUUUGGAUACUAAUAUGCCAGUCAUGGUUGAGAUACAGGAGGUUAUUCGAGGCGCGAAAAAUGCCAUGUCUUUAGCUCAGGGUGUUGUUUAUUGGCAACCGCCCAAACAAGCAUUAGAAAAGGUGAAAGAAUUGGUAUGGGAGCCUCAUGUUAGUCGUUAUGGUGCUGAUGAAGGUAUUCCUGAACUCAGGGAGGCAUUGACUGUGAAGCUGAAAAAGGAAAAUAAUUUGGUGAAUUCUUCAGUCAUGGUUACUUCAGGUGCAAAUCAGGCAUUUGUGAAUCUUGUCCUUGCCUUGUGUGAUCCUGGGGAUUCUGUUGUUAUGUUUGCUCCAUACUAUUUCAAUGCAUACAUGUCCUUUCAGAUGACUGGAAUCACCGACAUUUUAGUGGGUCCUGGAAAUCCAAAGACGCUUCAUCCAGAUGCAGACUGGUUGGAGAAGAUACUAUCAGAAACUAAACCAGUUCCAAAGGUUGUUACUGUAGUAAACCCCGGAAACCCAAGUGGGACAUAUAUUCCGGAUCCCCUUCUUAAGAGGAUCUCAGAUCUAUGCAGAGAAGCUGGAUCCUGGCUUAUUGUAGAUAAUACAUACGAGUACUUUAUGUAUGACGGUCUAAAACAUUCAUGUAUAGAAGGUGAUCACAUUGUCAACAUUUUUUCCUUCUCUAAAGCCUAUGGAAUGAUGGGCUGGCGAGUUGGAUAUAUAGCAUAUCCAUCAAGUGUGAACGAAUUUGCGACUCAACUUCUCAAAAUUCAGGACAACAUACCAAUCUGUGCUUCGAUACUAUCUCAGUACCUUGCGCUCUACUCCUUAGAAAUGGGGCCUGAUUGGGUUGCAGAUCAAGUAAAAGAUCUUGUUAAAAAUCGAGAAAUCCUUUUGGAAGCUCUCUCUCCAUUGGGUGAAGAUUCGGUUAAAGGAGGAGAAGGUGCAAUUUACCUAUGGGCAAAGCUUCCCGACAAAUUUGUUGAUGAUUUUAAAGUUGUUCGCUGGCUUGCCACGAAGCAUGGGGUCGUUGUGAUUCCAGGAGGUGCUUGUGGUUGCCCCGGACAUGUUAGGAUUUCGUUCGGCGGCUUGAUAGAACCUGAUUGCAGAGCUGCUGCGGAUAGACUAAAGAAAGGAUUAGAAGAAUUAGUGAGCGGCGGAAUGGUGGAGUAAGUUGAAAAUAGAAAAUGUUAUUCACCAGUUUGUAAGUAACAUCUGGUGCUCUUGAAAUAAUGAGAAGGAAUAUAUACGGGUGAAUUGUCCGGAAACGGAAAUGUAAUCCCAUUCGCCUGAUACUCAUCUGAAGAAAAACAACAUUUCAGAAAAUUUACACAUUUUAAAGCAUUUACUGAAUAAGCUUCUCUGA